AUGGCGACGCGGGGCCGCGGGGCCGCCGCCGCAGCGCUGCUGAUGGCGGUGUCGGCGGCGCUGCCCCCCGCCCGCGGCUUCUCCGUCCCGCUCCAGCGCCCCGACGACUGCGGCGCCGAACACUACUUCGAUAGCUCCCGCCUGGCCUGCGCGCCCUGCGGGGCCCACCAGCGGCAGAGCUCCGGCGGUAGUUUCUGUGAAUGUGAACCAGGAUACAGGAUGGUUUCUACUAAUGGUGGGUUCUCUGUUACUUGUGAAAAAUGCCCAGAAAAUAUGAGCGGAGUUACUCAAGAUGGAUGGAAUUGUAUUACUUGCCCCAAAGGCCUGACUUCAAAAGGAAACUGUAAAUGCCCCAAUAAUGAAAUACUAGUGGAAAGAAGCGUGGAUGGUGUUUUGCUUGAUGAAGCAUUGUGUAUACGUUGUAACGGAAGUGAGCCGUCCUUCUCUGCCUCAGAUGCACCAGGAAGCAGGUGUGUAAGAUGUGAAAAGACAUUCAUCCAAGUAAGCAAGUCUUGUGACUGCAACAGCCCAAAUAUUCUAACUGGGGGGUUGUGCUUUUUGGCUCAUGAAGGCUUACCCCCAAAGGGAGUUGCAGCUGUUCGUUUUGCACAGCUGGGUAUAACACUGGCAUCAGCAUGGUUUCUGAAAAACCUCCAGUCCUCAGCCUUUGCCUGUUGGUUGUACUCUAAUCUAACAGCAUGCCAAGCUCUUGGAAAUAUGUGUGUUAUGAAUAUGAACUCAUUGAGUUCUUCAAGUACUGAUGCCUGUGGUUUGUUUCAAUAUAUUUUUGUCAAUACAGCAAGGGUAGGCGUCAUUCAUUCAAUACCCUACUGGAGGCAUAAUCUUCCUUGGCUGUAUUAUGGUGACCAACCAGGAUUAGCAUCCCAAGUGCUUGAGAAAAAUCAUUUUCCUACAACCUUCACUUUUAAGGGAGCGGAUGCGGAUGUAAAGCUGAAAUUUAUUGCAGCCUCAUUUGAUGCAGCAGGAAACUUUCUUAAAUGGCAAAGUUUGGAAGGAGGUCUCUUACAGCUUUGUCCUGAUACCCAAACUAAAUUGAACGCAGCUUAUGUUUUUGGAACAACUUACCAACAAAAUUGCAAAAUUUCAGUUUCUAAGAUUUUAUUGGAUUUUGCUAAUCCAGUUUUUUAUGACCUGUUCCUUGAAUAUAAUGGUGGCAAUGGACAGCAACAUCUUUGGGCCGUGCCAGUUUUAAAUUUGAAUCUUCAAUACAAUGAAAAAUUUGUUAAUCAAGGCAGUAAUUUCAACAACUGGCUUUUGACUCGUCGAUUUUUUUUGGUGGAUGCACUUAGUGGAAAAGAGAAUGACUUGGGAAAAUCACCAAGGGUAAUUCGGAUUGCUAGCAAAAUAACAAUAAGUAUCCGUCUGGUAUCCCAUACACAGAGAGGAACCAUCUAUCCUCCUCUAAUUACUGUUGGUUACACAGAUGUGCUUAUCCAAAACCCUGAAACCCAGAGUGUGAUGGUUUCUUUCGCAGUCAGCUAUGAGAUGAAUCAGAGAGAGGCUCAGAUUCAGACAGAUAUUGCACUGGGUGUGUUGGGUGGACUGGCAGUGUUAUGGUCUCUUCUCAAGACUGCAGGCUGGAAGAGGCGGACAGGAAGCUCUAUAAUUGACUUGCAGACAGUUUUCAAGUUCCUGCUGUUUUAUGCUGGAGACCUUGCCAACGUUUUCUUUAUCAUCACAGUGGGCACAGGGAUUUAUUGGCUUGUAUUCUUCAAAGCUCAGCAGUUUGUAUCUGUCCUUUUACCUCUUCCAUCUCAAGAAGAAGAUUUUGUUACAUACAUAGCAUGUGCGUUUAGUUUAAAGGCUCUGCAAUUUUUACACUUGCUGGUUUCACAACUUGCUAUUGAUAUUUUCUUUAUUGACUGGGAAAGACCUAAGGGCAAAGUUCUUAAAGCAGUUGAAGGUGAAGGUGUUACUAAAAGUGCUGCUGCACCUGUGAGCAUAUGGAGGACAUACUUUAUAGCAAAUGAGUGGAAUGAAAUUCAGACAGUGAGGAAAAUAAAUCCUCUCUUUCAAGUGCUUGCAGUUCUUUUUUUUCUGGAGGUGGUGGGAUUUUCAAACCUGGCUUUAAUGGAUGCUUCUUCCAGUCUUACAAGAAGCAGUGAGAGCUAUGUAGCUCCUUGGAGCCGCAUUUUAAGAUUUGGUGUGUCUGCUGCACUCUGGGUAGCCAUUGCCAUCCUACAAAUUAUAUUUUUUGCUGUGAUUUAUGAAAGAUUUGUUGAAGAUAAGAUAAGCCAAUUUGUUGAUUUGUGUUGUGUGAGCAAUAUUUCAGUGUUUCUCUUGUCACAUAACUGCUUUGGUCAUUAUAUCCAUGGUCGCUCAGUGCAUGGACAUGCAGAUACCAAUAUGGAAGAAAUGAAUAUGAACCUGAAGAGAGAAGCAGAAAAUCUGUGUAGUCAGAGGGGUUUGUUACCAAACACAGAUGGCCAGACAUUUCAGAUUUCCAUUUCAAGAAAAAUGCGACUAAACUAUGACUGGAUUCAUGAAACCUUAACAAGAAAACGUGGUCCUGCCAGGCUUUUGGACUCAUCUGCAAAUACUUUUGAACAAAGCACAAGGGCCUACAACGCCAUGAACAAAUUUCUCAGUUCUUUUAUUGAUCAUGUUCAUAAAGAAAUGGAUUAUAUUGUCAAAGACAAGUUGCUGCUUGAACGAAUUCUUGGCAUGGAGUUCAUGGAACCAAUAGAGAAAAGUAUUUUUUAUAAUGAUGAAGGACACUCUUUCACUGACGUUCUCUAUUAUGGCAAUGAAACAACACUGCUCAUCUUUGAUAUCCUGUUUUUCUCAGUUGUGGAUUUAGCUUCCCAAAGUUUUGUUUUAGCAGCUAUUCUAACAUAUUUGCAACAAGAGAUAUUUAGGUUUAUUCGUACUACACUUGGGCAGAAGAAUUUGGCAUCCAAAACCUUGGUGGAUCAAAGAUUUCUCAUUUAAUUGAGAAGAUGAAAAACUGUUAAGGAUUUAAUAAUGGAAAAUACGAACAUGAUCAAAGCGUCUCUGACCUGCAGAUAAUUUGUAGUGCACUUUUCAACAAUAACAAUGUAAUGGGUUUUAAACUUGUCAUUUUUUAUAUUGUGUGCUAUUAAGCUUUAUUUUUCUGUAUUUAUAGGGGUUUUUUUUUAAUUUGUGAACACUAAGCCAUAGGCCUUUAAAAAGAAAGGUACAUACAAAUAAGAAGUAAACCUACUGUUGUUAUUAUUAGAAUAAGAUUAAAAUUAUUUCAUGGCUUUUGAUAAGAUAUGGACCACUGACUUUGAGGCAACAAUUUGAGCAUCUGAUUGACAGGAGAGGUUGCCAACUCUGAAAUUCUCUGAAAAUACCUUAAAUGUUUGUUCUUUUUUUAAGUUAUUUUGAGGUGUAAUGUUUAGCAAAUCUGUGUCUAAUUUUACACAGCACAGGAUUUGUUCUGAAUUAAGUUAGUAUUUCAGGAGGAAUUUUUAAAGAUCACUUAUUUACAGCAACUCUCACUUGAAAUUUUAAUGUUUCUGUCUUGUGUCAUAUAGUAUUGUAUAAUAAUGUCUCCUCUCUUGGAGUUUAUCAUUAUUUUUCUUGGGUGUGGCCUACACAUGACAUCUCAAACAUGUAUUUGAGGUAAAGUUGUGUUACAGUGAUGUAGAGAAAGAGGUUAUGAUAGAGCAGAGGAGGUGGUCAUCAGUAUUUGGGAUUUGUUCUUGAUCUUCUGUCUUGUGAUGCAAGAUGUUCAGCGAAACAACAGAAAUUAUUCUGUUCACUUUUUCCACACAAGUGAAAUGGAAGCAAUUUUUAAAAAUCUUUUUAGAAUUGUUUUCACAGGUGCUCAUGAUCUCUUAAUUUUCUGAUUUUAUUAUCUUUACAUAUAACAGAGACAUAAUCAUUUUACUGUCAUCAUAUUUUUGGAAUUUAGAUUAAUAAUUACUCAAGUGCCAAGGGAGAUUGUGAAUGGCCUUCAAAUCACCUUAAACUGAGGUGUCUACCUCCCAUUCUUGUCACUGAAAGUCUCCCUCUCUUUUUAUACUUAAUGUUUUUUCAGUAAAUGGUUAAACAUGAAUAGUAUUUGCUGGGUUUAUAGCUGUUAUUUGUCUUUAGAUGAUUCAACAAGGGACUUACAGGAGCAAAAAUACUAGAAAAAUAUCAGUCACCAUCAUCUCAUGUUUAUUCUGAAACAGACUGAGGACAUGACUAGUUGAACUUAGCAGAUUUCCAGUGCAGAUAUGCUUAUCUGCAGCAUUGCAUUUCAAAUGAUUUUUGGCUUCAUAAAGAAGAACAUGUUCUCAUGUUGGUACCAUGUCAUAUCAUACUAAACUGAGAGUAACAUGGGCAUAAAUCUCACAGUUGCUAUUGCUACACUGCAUUUGCUUUUGGUGUUGCAAAGCCUGUGUCACUUGCAAGUCCUAUGUUUUGUUUUAUUUUUCCAGAUGAUUUGUCUAAAAUAUUAAUAUUCCUAACAUAGGCACUCUACAUGAUUUAGGAAAUAAUUAUGGGAGUAAAAAGCUCCAGGAAUUCAAAGAAGCUUUUCUUCACUCUUGCUGUCCAGUGAACACUUGAAACAGGUUGGCUGAGUUUUGUUCCCCUAUUCCUUGAUAUUUGUUCAGGAAAUAUCAAGCUUGAUAUUUGUUCAGGAAAUAUCCCUUGUGGUUCCAGCUUAAUGGUUUUUAUUUUUUUAACAUUAAUAUGCAUCUAUGAUGUGUUGUUCAUAUGAUGAGUGUCUUUGAGGUUUCUAAAUGUUCUGUUUGUCCACAUGGCAUUUCAGUCUCUCCUGUCUGUUUCUCUGAGCAAUAAAAAAAAUGUCAAAGAUUUGA